GGGAGCUGCGCGGCCGGCUGUAAACAGGGGCGUCGCCCCGCCCGGGGCCCCCGAGACCCGGAGGCUCCCGCCUCCCGGAGGCCGCCGGUCGCGAAGCGCUGAGUCACGGUGAGGCGACUGGCCCGGCGCCCUGCAGACCUGCCCGCCUUGCGCUCGCUCGCUCCGGCCGUCUCCCGCGUGCCCCGUCAGCCGCCACAGAGGCUCCGGGCGCCGCCACCAACGCCUCAGCAUCAGAACACUCUGUUUUUAGACUUCGACAUGGGGUCCUCCAAGAAGGUUACUCUGUCCGUGCUCAGCCGGGAGCAGUCAGAAGGGGUUGGCGCAAGGGUCCGCAGAAGCAUUGGCAGACCCGAGUUAAAAAAUCUGGAUCCGUUUUUACUGUUUGAUGAAUUUAAAGGAGGUAGACCAGGCGGAUUUCCUGAUCACCCACAUCGAGGUUUUGAAACAGUAUCUUACCUCCUGGAAGGAGGCAGCAUGGCCCAUGAAGACUUCUGUGGACACGUUGGUAAAAUGAACCCAGGAGACCUGCAGUGGAUGACUGCAGGCCGGGGCAUCCUGCACGCCGAGAUGCCUUGCUCAGAGGAGCCAGCCCAUGGCCUACAACUGUGGGUUAAUUUGAGGAGCUCAGAGAAGAUGGUGGAACCUCAGUACCAGGAACUGAAAAGUGAAGAGAUCCCUAAACCCAGUAAAGAUGGUGUGACAAUUGCUGUCAUUUCUGGAGAAGCCAUGGGAAUAAAGUCCAAGGUUUACACUCGCACACCAACCUUAUAUUUGGACUUCAAAUUGGACCCAGGAGCAAAACAUUCCCAGCCUAUUCCUAAAGGGUGGACAAGCUUCAUUUAUACCAUAUCUGGAGAUGUUUAUAUUGGUAAGAAGACUUCAACUAUACAUAUAAAGUCGAUGAUUUCAAGAUCUAUGAUAGAAGUACCAGAGUGUAUGGAACAGAGGCCUGAUGAUGCACAACAGAAAAUAGAACCUCAUCACACAGCAGUGCUCGGAGAAGGUGACAGUGUUCAGGUGGAGAACAAGGAUCCCAAAAGAAGCCAUUUUGUCUUAAUUGCUGGGGAGCCAUUAAGAGAACCAGUUGUCCAACAUGGUCCAUUUGUGAUGAACACUAACGAAGAGAUUUCUCAGGCCAUUCUUGAUUUCAGAAAUGCAAAAAAUGGCUUUGAAAGAGCCAAAACCUGGAAAUCAAAGAUUGGAAACUAGCGAAGAGCACAAGAGCAGGUCUCCACGCUUCCUAGAAUUUUGCCAUUUGUGGCAUCCAACCAUUCAAGGCAUUCGGUUUCUAAAGCUGACUUAGCCUGGUGCUUCUAAAGAAUUCCACACUAAAGUGAUAACAUGGUUUUUGUAACAAUGCACGUAAGAUAUUUCUUGGCACAUGCAAAUAAACCUAAUCAUUGCUUCUGUAA